AUGUCGUCGGUGAAGGUGGCGGUGAGGGUCCGCCCCUUCAACUCGCGCGAGAUAGCGCGGGAGUGCAAAUGUAUCAUCGAAAUGUCCGGGAACACUACAGUGAUCCAGAAUCCCAAAGCACCACCCGGCAACAAAGAACCUCCUAAAAGUUUCAAUUUUGAUUUCUCGUACUGGUCACACAAUCCAACUGACCCCCAAUUCUCCUCUCAAAUCAUGGUUUACAAGGACAUCGGCGAAGAGAUGCUUCAACAUGCCUUUGACGGCUACAAUAUAUGCAUAUUCGCAUACGGACAGACAGGCGCGGGGAAGUCUUACACCAUGAUGGGGAGAGGGGAAGAGGGUCAAGAGGGCAUCAUUCCUCAAAUAUGUAAAGAUUUAUUUAGACGAAUUCGACAAACCACGUCGGAGGAUCUGAAAUACUCAGUUGAAGUGUCCUACAUGGAAAUUUACUGCGAGCGGGUUCGCGAUCUUUUGAACCCUAAGAACAAAGGGAAUCUUCGUGUCCGUGAGCAUCCUGCCCUUGGGCCCUACGUCGAAGAUCUCAGCAAACUAGCUGUCAUGUCAUACCAGGAUAUAUACGACCUAAUUGACGAAGGAAACAAGGCUAGAACGGUGGCAGCUACGAACAUGAAUGAGACGUCUUCACGUUCUCACGCUGUGUUCACUAUUUUCUUCACACAACAAAGACACGACAAAACCACAAAUUUAAUGUCGGAAAAGGUGUCCAAAAUAUCUCUAGUAGAUCUGGCCGGGUCUGAAAGAGCGGACUCUACAGGCGCUAAAGGAACAAGGCUGAAAGAAGGCGCUAAUAUCAACAAAUCACUCACAACACUAGGAAAAGUUAUUUCUGCUUUAGCUGAAAUCUCGGCGUCAAAAAGCAAGAAGUCAAAGAAGGCGGACUUCAUACCGUACCGCGACUCUGUCCUCACUUGGCUACUUCGUGAGAACCUCGGCGGGAACUCCAAGACUGCUAUGAUAGCGGCCAUUUCGCCUGCCGACAUCAAUUACGAUGAAACACUUAGUACAUUGAGAUACGCAGAUCGCGCUAAACAAAUCGUAUGCAAGGCUGUGGUCAACGAGGAUGCCAACGCGAAACUCAUUCGCGAACUCAAGGAAGAGAUACUCAAACUACGAGAACUACUCAAAGCCGAAGGCAUCGACGUCGAAGAAGGACCAGAUGGUAGAGUCGUUUAUGAAAAGAAAGAACAGCCUACCAGAGAAGAGAAUGCGUCGCCGACGCGUAAAAAGAGCGAGUCGGAAGCGUUAUCACCAAAGCUAUCUCGAGCUGCUACAACCAUCGCCGAGGAAGCAGUUGAUCAAUUACAGGCUUCUGAAAAACUUAUCGCUGAACUCAACGAAACGUGGGAAGAAAAGCUUAAACGCACUGAACAAAUACGUGUACAACGUGAAGCUGUAUUCGCUGAGAUGGGUCUCGCGGUCAAAGAGGGCGUAACUGUAGGAGUAUACUCGCCCAAGAAAACUCCACACUUGGUCAAUUUGAACGAAGAUCCCAAUCUGUCUGAGUGUCUCCUGUAUUACAUAAAGGACGGUGUCACUCGCCUCGGUACGGCUGAAGGAAAUGUCCCUCAGGACAUCCAGCUGUGCGGUUCCCACAUUCUAAGCGAGCAUUGCAUUUUUGAGAACACAGAUGGCGUUAUCUGCCUCAUACCGCAUCGUGGCGCCCUUGUUUAUGUAAACGGACGAGAGGUAACCGAACCAAUAAUACUGAAGACGGGAUCCCGUGUCAUCCUGGGCAAGAACCACGUGUUCAGAUUCACUCACCCCGGACAACCACGAGAGGAGUGCGUCUCCAAUAAGGAUACGGUCAAUGAUACUCCCGGAAAUAAUGCUGAUGCUGACAGUGCACCAAGUGACACCGAGACAGUGGAUUGGGACUUCGCACAAUGCGAGUUAUUGGAGAAACAAGGAAUCGACCUGAAGGCCGAAAUGCAGAAACGAUUAAUGGCCUUAGAAGAGCAGUUUCGCAGAGAAAAGGAACACGCCGAUCAGCAGUUUGAGGAGCAGCGCAAGAACUACGAAGCCCGUAUCGACGCACUUCAGAGGCAGGUCGAGGAACAAAGUGUUACUAUGUCUAUGUACAGUUCCUACACGCCUGAAGAUUUCCACAACGAUGAAGAUAUAUUUGUGAAUCCCCUGUUUGAGACAGAGUGCUGGUCGGCGCGGGAGGUGGGGCUGGCGGCGUGGGCCUUCCGCAAGUGGAAGUACCAUCAGUUCACUUCGUUGCGGGACGACCUCUGGGGGAACGCGAUCUUCCUCAAGGAAGCGAAUGCGAUAUCCGUGGAACUUCGCAAGAAGGUCCAAUUCCAGUUUACUCUGCUAACGGAUACUCCCUACUCACCCCUUCCUGCGGAAUUAGCGCCAAGGGAUGAUGGCGAUGAUGAAUAUCGACCUUCAGCCCCUACUGUUGUUGCCGUUGAGGUCACAGACACCAAGAACGGUGCCACUCAUUACUGGACUCUCGAGAAGUUGCGCCACCGGUUGGAGCUAAUGAGGCAGAUUUACAACAUGAAUGAGAACGCAUACGGCGAGGAUGAGGCCCCGCCCGCCCUAGCGCCGCCCGCCAUCGCUCCGCCCGCCCCAGCCCCCGAACCGCUGAGGACUAUCACCGCCUGUGCAACCAACACGCGACUUUCUCUCGCCAAUCUACUGCCCUCGAGGCAACGCUUGGAGCUGAUGCGCGAAAUGUAUCACAACGAGGCGGAGCUAUCGCCCACCUCGCCCGAUCACAACAUCGAGUCGGUCACCGGCGGUGAUCCGUUCUACGAUAGGUUCCCGUGGUUCCGUCUGGUUGGACGGAGCUUUGUUUACUUGUCGAAUCUCCUGUACCCGGUUCCACUUAUUCACAAGGUUGCCAUAGUGAAUGAGAAAGGAGACGUGAAAGGCUAUCUGAGGGUAGCUGUACAGGCAGUCAUCGACGCCGAAAAAAAUAAUGCCGAAUUCGCUGCUGGUGUUAAGCAAUCGGCUAAAAUUUCGUUUGACGACGACAUCGUGCCGGCUAGGUCCAGGCUCAAGACGAUAUCUAGCGUUGAAAAGAACAACGUGCUCAACGCUAUUAACAUCGAAGACAGACCCGAACAAGAUUCAAAUAUCAAGAUUGAAGAACUCGCAGUUGGAGAGUGCGAUGCAGAUAGCGGUCGGGGUGAUAGCUCGUUGGCUUCAGAGUUGAAAGAGGAGGAUCUUCCCGAACACCUGACCCUCGGGCGCGAGUUCACAUUCCGAGUCACUGUGCUGCAGGCGCACAGCGUCUCUACUGACUACGCGGAUGUUUUCUGCCAGUUUAAUUUCUUGCACAGAAAUGAGGACGCGUUUUCGACUGAGCCUGUAAAGAACACCGGAAAGAACACGCCUCUUGGAUUUUAUCAUGUGCAGAACAUUACUGUUCCAGUGACAAAAUCAUUCGUUGAAUAUAUAAAAUCACAACCUAUAGUCUUCGAAGUUUUUGGACAUUAUCAGCAACAUCCAUUGCACAAGGACGCCAAGCAGGACGGGCCCGUGGGGCGCGCCCCGCCGCGCCGCAUGCUGCCGCCGUCGCUGCCCAUCUCGGCGCCCGUGCGCAGCCCCAAGUGGGUGGCGCCCACGGUGGCCCCGCCCUGCUGCUCCUCGCACCUGCACUCUAAGCACGACCUGCUCGUCUGGUUCGAGAUCUGCGAGUUGGCGCCCAGCGGCGAAUACGUUCCCGCGGUGGUGGAACACAGCGAUGAACUACCAUGCAGAGGCCUGUUCUUACUGCACCAAGGAAUCCAGCGACGCAUUCGCAUCACCAUUCUUCACGAACCAUCUUCUGACCUGCAGUGGACAGACGUCAGGGAGCUCGUUGUUGGACGAAUUCGAAAUACUCCUGAAGCUAACGAAGACGCAAACGAUGGUGACGAAGACGGAGCUCUGUCUCUCGGCCUGUUCCCCGGUGAACGACCUUCGUUUGACGAUCGAGCUGUAUUCAGGUUUGAAGCCGCAUGGGACAGCAGCUUGCAUGGAUCCCCGCUUCUGAAUCGAGUGAGCGCCAACGGAGAAGUCGUUUACAUCACUCUCAGCGCAUAUCUUGAGGUGGAGAACUGCGGGCGGCCAGCCAUCAUCACGAAGGACCUGUCGGCGGUGGUGGUGGGCCGCGAGGCGCGCACGGGCGCGGGCCGCUCGCUGCGCCGCGCGCUGUUCGGGGGACGCGCCGCGCGGGCCGACCGCCUCACCGGCCUCUACGAGCUGGCCCUGCACCGCGCGCUCGAGCCCGGCGUGCAACGUCGCCAGCGCCGCGUGCUGGACACAAGUGGCACGUACGUGCGCGGUGAAGAGAAUCUGCACGGCUGGCGACCCCGAGGAGACUCCCUCAUUUUCGACCACCAGUGGGAGCUUGAGAAGAUGACUCGUCUGGAACAAGUCGGUCGAACAAGACAUUUCUUGGCGUUGCGUGAACGCUUGCGUCACGGACACGAGAACACUGUUGCACCUAACGACUUUACUAAGACAGAAAAGGAGGUGAGCAACAUGGCGGCGAAGGCGGCGGCCGAGGGCGCGCACCGCGACGACGUGUGCGAGCGCGAGUUGAGCGCGCGCGAGCGCGACCUCGCCGCCAAGUACAUCAAGCUUAUACAGGGAAGAAUAGGCAAUAACAACAAGGAAGUAGAAGGAGCUGUAUCACCCGCCACGCCAGUGGACGAGGGUGUCUCAGCUGACAUUUCGACACCCAGUCUUCUGUCCUCGAUACACAGCGCUAGCAGCUUCGAACUGUGCUCGCCGGAGCGCGCGCUGCUGGAGAAGGCUGGCGCAGCGGGGGCGGCGGGCGGCUGGGGUGGAGCGCUGGGCGGGGCGCUGGGUGGGGCGCUGGGCGGGGCGCUCGCCUCGCCUGCCGGGGCGCUGUUCGUGCCCGACUGCGAGGAAGUGCGCGUGUCGGCGGCCGUGGCGCGCCGCGGAUACCUUAACGUGCUACAGCACGGUACACACGGCUGGAAGAAGCGCUGGCUGGUGGUGCGACGGCCGUACGUGUUCAUCUACCGCGACGAGCGCGACCCGGUGGAGCGCGCCGUCAUCAACCUCGCCAACGCGCACGUCGAGUACUCCGAGGACCAGGAGCAGAUGGUUCGGAUGCCCAACACAUUCAGCGUGGUAAGCAAGGAACGCGGCUACUUACUGCAGACGUUGGGAGACAAGGAAGUACACGACUGGCUGUACGCGAUCAACCCACUGCUCGCCGGACAGAUUAGGUGUCCGCGCGCAGGUCGCGCUCGGCGCGCCGCCGGCCCGCGCCGCGCCCCGCAUGAGACCCCCUCACCAUGGAGUCUAUACUCGUUUAUUAAGAGCGUCGCCGGCACGCACGCGCACAGACCGCUCCCCGCGCUGCGCGCCUCGCAUAGAUAUUGAAACGGCCCCCCGGCCUUUUGCUCGAUUACCGUCGUUCGGAAUUUAAAUUCGAAUUCGUAAAUAAACAGUUUUACGUAGUCACGUAUCGAAAUUUAAAUGCCAUUUAAAUUCGAAUUGAAAAUAAACAAUACGCAUCUCCUCGUUCGAAAUUUAAAUGCGAUUUCAAAAUGUGUUUUUAGUAGGUGUACGUUAUGAGAUGCCAUUAAAUUGAACUUCGAAUUUAAAUUACGUUCGAUAUUUAAAAAUAUAUUUAUAUCUUAUACGUAGUUGAUUAGUGUAUGUAAUCGUGGUUCUCACCUGAGCUAUGUAAUCUGUGCUGUAUUAGUAAUCUAUGAUUCUAAAAAUCAGUGAUAUGAAUAUCGAGCAAAAGUCGAGUAUAAAAAUUUGAAGAAUUCUGUGACUGGUUUGGUAGAAUGAUAAAAAUAAAAGAAUUACUUUAUUUGAGAUUUUAUUCGAGAAAAUAUUUUUUUUUUUAUAUAUGAGAGUGGUUUUGCAGAGAAAUACGCCACGGGAUCUCGUGUCCUAGUCGGGGCCACGCAAUAAAUAAAUAUAGUUAAUAAUAUUUAUAUUUUAAAACUAUUAUCAUUCUAAAUUAUAUACCAAAGAAUCAAUUAAUUUAGCAUAUCCGUUUAUUGUGAACAGUAUUGUAUUGCAUUUAAUGCGAGAUACGAUCUAUACGUAAAUAUAGAUGUGUUUUAUAUGUUGUUAUAUUUUUACAAUGUUCAAAAUAGUUUUAAAUAAAUGGUCAAGUGUGUGAGUUGGGACCAAACCGGUGCACCGAUAGCGGGAAUGGGGUAAAUUAAUAAAAACUAUUUACACAAGUAAUAACGUAUUUAUUAAAAUGUUAGUGGGCUGUUUUAAUAUCUAUGGUAGGACGCACAAGUUUUGUAAUAAGUUUUUUAUCUGUGAAUUUUUUAACAGUGUAUAAAUGUUACCGAUCAUUGCAUCGCCCCCUGUUUUAAUGUUUCUUGCCAAAUGUUAAAAAUAAAAAAAAAAAUGUUAUGUUCACCAGUCUUAUACAAAAUAGUCAAUGUCUUGCCAGUUACUGUAUUCUGCUGAAAUGUUAUUUAAAAUUCUAUGUAAGCUCAAUAGUUUUAAGUUUUCAAGGUGCAAGGACCUUUUUAAAA